AUGGAGUUUGAAGAGUCGCAACAAUGGUGGAUAAAGAAGAAAGAUAGAAAGAGAGACCAGGUUAUUUCAAAGAAAAUGACAACCGUUGGAUUGAGUUCUGAGCAAACUCAACUCAAGUAUGUCAAAUUAAAGGAUGAGAAAGAAGAACAAAAGAAGGUUGAAUCAAAAUGUCCGAAGAUACUAAAGUACAGGAGACCAGAUAUACUUUAUAAGUAUCCAUCACAUAAUGCCACAAGUAGAAGGAGAAACUUUAGUGAUAAGAAUUGGGAUGUGUAUGGUGGUUUAGAAGAAAAGGCUAAGGAUUUAUCAGCAGUUUUUCAUAAUGAGUUCACUAAAAAAAACAUAGAGAACGAAUGGGGAAAAUACUUUGAAAAGGGAGAAAGUUCUUUGGAAAAUAAAUUAUAUGCAAAAAAUGCUCAAGUUCCUAAGCGGCAAACCUUGAGAUCUGAACCUUCAAUGAUUGACUUGGUGGAAUGUGGUGAUUUGGAGUUAGAGAGAAAGUUAGAGGAUGGAGAUGAGGAGGAAGAAACACAAGAGGAUAGGAAUAAAGCUAUAGAAUGGACAGAAGAUGAUCAAAAAAACCUAAUGUAUCUUGGCAUUUCUGAAAUGGAGAGAAACAAAAGGUUGGAGAGUCUUAUUGCUAGAAGAAAGGCAAAAAGGUUAUCUAAGGUUCAACUUGAUAAGAGAUUAAAUAAUAAAAAACCAAUGGCACCAGUACUUAUUAAAAGAAGCGAUCCUGUAAAUACUUCAAAAGAGUUUGAAGAUGUCGUAGAAAUGCCCGGUUCUGCCCCUUCUGUAUUGCCAAAAAGUCCUUAUGAUAUUCCUUAUGAUCCUUCUGAGGAGAAGCUUAACCUUAGAGGGGACAAUUUACCUCAAGAGUUCUCUAAUCAAAAAGACAUGUCAUUUUGCAGGCAUGAAAGUUUUAGUUUGGAUCACCCUUUCCCAUCAGAAAUCAAACAAGAUUCCGGUUUUAAAGAGCAAUAUUUUCUUAACAGAGGAAGAAAACAUUCUGACAGAUUUGCAUAUUCAAGAUUCAGAAGAAAUCAAACAGAUAAAGGAACUCAUGAUUGGCUAAUUGACCAGUUGAUUUACAAUGAAGGUGGAGAAAGUGAAUUACAAUCAUCCAAUUUAUUAAUAAAGGGAGAAGAAUCAACACAUGAAGAGGAUGAAAAAUGUAAAAUUGGUAUGAAUGACAUGAAAGGUGAGAAAGUAGAGUUUGAAACAAAAUUUAUGUCAAAUCAAACAAGUGAACUAAGACCAGAGAAAUCAGGACGAUGGUCUAAGUUUCCUAAGCCUCAUGAAAGGGUUUUCAGUUUACCAGUAUCUAAUAGUAGCACCAAUGCUACUACUACUGAUAUAAAUGAGAUUUUAUAUGAGACUGUCACAUCAGUAAUUGAUAAAAGACAAGAAAAUAUGGUUUUAACUAGUGGUAGACUUUGCCAUACCCCAACAUAUUCUGUGGCUUCUGACUUACAAGUAGAGGUUUCUGAAAUUGGUUCACCAACAUCAACUGUUGGUGAAAAUGUUGAGACUAAUUCAUCCACUGAUAGAGACUCUGUAUUGUAUGAUGGGGACAUUGAUAGAGACAUUAGUUCUGGUAGUGAAGAUUUAUGGGGUGCCUCUUUCCAUGGAGUAAAAGAAGCACAAGGAGAUAAAAAUGAGGGGAAUAAUGUAGAAAUAAACAAAUCCUCAAAGGGUGUUGCUUCACCCCUUGCUCCACGUCAUAUAGAUGAAGAAAAUACAUCUAAUAUGAUAUCAUUAUCCUCAAAAUCUGAUGUGCCUAAAGAUACUACUUUAUCCCAUGUAAUAGAUAGUCAUAAUGUCAUCUUUGAUUCUAUGAAACAUCUUGUGGGGGAAAUUGAAACAUCACAAUCUUCUAAUUCUUCUGGUGCUCAUCAACAAUUUCAAAACAAAAUACACUCAGAACACCAAGAGGAACGGUGCAACAUGCCAGAAAAUUUAGCAAAUGAGACACAGGUUAUCAAUGAUAUGAAUAAUUUAGCAACCAUCAAUCAAAAUAACAUAGAGAACUCAAGAAAUAAUGAAGAUCAUAGCACAUCAGUAAUACGACAAGAAUCAAUUGAUGGUACUUCCAUUUAUUCAACUUCAUCCUCACCAAGGUCUGUAUUACCUGAGAAAACAUUGGUAGAUGAAUUUUUAUUGUCAAAUUUUGACCAACACAUGCAUAUAGAUGGUCAACAAUCUAUUGUGGAAGGUGUAAACCAAGAAAUUUUAGAUAAUGAAGUUCCACCUCACACUCAAACUAGUCAAUCAAUGGUGGAUAAUAUAAUAGAUGAAAUUUCAUUGUCAAAUUUUGAUCGACACAUGCAAAUAGAGCCUCAACAAGCUAUUAACGAGGGUAUGACCCAUGAAAGUUUGAACAGUGAAAUUUCAACUGACAUCAUACCUCAAAAUAUGAAACCAAUGAUGGAUGAUUUAAUAGAUGGAAUUUCAUCGUCAAACUUUAAUCAACACAAGUAUUUAGAGCUUCAACAAUCAAUUGUGGAAGAUACGACACUAGGCAAUGAAACUCCACAUGACAUGUCUCAAACUUCACCAAUAAUAGAUAUAACUGAUGAAUCACAUAAUGUUGACUUCAAUCAUUCACAGAUUGAGCAAAUGCCAUCAACAAUUAUUAAAGAUGAUAACAAUGACAAACCAUCAAGUAGUAAUAAUGUCCACAAAGAGUUAUCAAGACAAAGGGUCACUGUGUCAAAGGUUCAAAAUAGAGAUUCAGCAUCUUUAGAACCUUUUAGUAGUGAUGAGGAUGACAUCCUCACACAACAUGCACAUGAGGAUGGUGACAACUUAGAGGUUCAUCCCAUACAACAACAAUCUCAACAUCAUUUACCCUAUCCAUACAUCCCUCCCCAACAUUUUGAAACCUAUACCACACUUUCUUAUGAACAAAAUAGUGAGUUUGGUGAUGCAUUUGACCAUGAAUUAGUGGAACAUUCACCUGGAUCAUUAUUUAAGGGAAUGCGGUUCCAAAACAAGGAAGAAGUAGUUGACGCACUUAACAGUUGGAGCUUACUACCUCCUGUUGCUGUUGUGUGUUCAUCAUUUGUUUGUUGUCUACAGAAACGUGACAAACAGCAGAAAACCAUGGCUUGCCUGUACAAGAAUCCCAACCAAUCCAUUGAAGUUCGUGUGAAGGACCUUCUUUGCCGCAUGACUCUGAGGGAGAAGAUUGGUCAGAUGACCCAAAUUGAGCGCACUGUUGCAAUCGAUUCUGCCAUUAGAGAUCUCUCCAUUGGGAGCAUACUCAGUGCUGGAGGAAGUUCACCAUUUGAAAAUGCACAGUCGUCUGAUUGGGCUGAUAUGGUAGAUGGCUUUCAAAAGCUUGCUCUACAGUCGCGACUGGGGAUACCUCUCCUCUAUGGGAUUGAUGCAGUUCAUGGUAAUAAUAGUGUCUAUGGUGCUACCAUAUUUCCUCACAAUAUUGGUCUUGGAGCUACGAGGGACAGUGAUUUAGUUCGAAAAAUUGGAGUUGCUACGGCACUUGAAGUUAAAGCAAGUGGAAUUCACUAUAAUUUUGCUCCAUGUGUGGCGGUCCUCAAAGAUCCUAGAUGGGGAAGAUGCUAUGAGUGUUAUAGUGAGGAUACUGAAAUAGUUAGAAAGAUGGCUUCCAUUGUAUCAGGUUUACAAGGCCAGCCGCCAGAAGGACAUGAACAUGGAUACCCUUUUGUAGCUGGAAAGAACAAUGUUGUUGCAUGUGCCAAGCAUUUUGUUGGAGAUGGAGGUACUCAUAAAGGUGUGAACGAGGGAAAUACUAUAUUAUCUUAUGAAGACUUAGAGCGAAUCCACAUGGCACCUUACUUAGACUGCAUUUCUCAAGGAGUUUCAACCAUUAUGGUCUCCUAUUCUAGCUGGAAUGGACGCAAACUCCAUGCUGACCAUUUUCUUAUAGCUGAAAUCUUGAAGGGCAAAUUAGGUUUUAAGGGGUUUGUCAUUUCUGACUGGGAGGGACUUGACAGACUUUGCCAGCCUCACGGGUCAGAUUAUCGGUACUGCAUCUCCUCUUCCGUCAAUGCUGGAAUUGACAUGGUGAUGGUCGCUUUAAGAUACAAUGUUUUCAUUGAAGAAUUGACCUCUCUAGUUGAAUCAGGGGAAGUGCCUCUGAGCAGAAUUGAUGACGCCGUUGAGCGAAUUUUGAGAGUAAAGUUCGCUGCUGGGCUUUUUGAAUUUCCUUUAAGUGACAGAUCUCUGUUAGACACAGUUGGCUGCAGGCCCCAUAGAGAUCUAGCACGUGAAGCAGUUCAGAAGUCCUUGGUUUUGUUGAAAAAUGGAAAAGAUCUUAGCAAACCUUUUCUUCCACUGAACAAGAAUGCUAAGAGAAUCCUUGUUGCCGGAACACACGCAGAUGAUCUUGGAUAUCAAUGUGGAGGGUGGACUAAAACUUGGUAUGGAUUGAGCGGACGAAUCACAGUUGGGACAACAAUUUUGGAUGCUGUGAAGGCAACUGUGGGAGCUGAAACAGAAGUGAUGUACGAGAAAUAUCCGUCCAAGGACACCAUAGAACGUAACGAAUUCUCUUUUGCAGUUGUAGCUGUUGGUGAAGAACCAUAUGCUGAGAUCUUAGGUGACAAUUCAGAGCUUACAAUUCCCUUAAAUGGAGCUGAUAUCAUAAGCCUAGUUGCUGACAGAAUCCCAACUCUGGUUAUUCUGAUAUCUGGAAGACCUUUAUUAUUAGAGCCAUGGCUAUUGGAAAAGAUUGAUGCUCUUGUCGCUGCUUGGUUGCCAGGUAGUGAAGGAGAAGGAAUCACAGAUGUUAUCUUUGGCGGUCAUGACUUCAAAGGUAAAUUACCAGUGACUUGGUUCAGAAGAGUUGAACACCUUGAUCAGCCAACUGAUGGAGUUCAUUCAUACUUCAAUUCCCACCCAGAUUUUAUUAAUUACAUCCGUGGCCAAGUUUUUGAAAUGGGUCAAUAA